CAGCCUCCCCGCCACCCCUUCCCGGCUCCCGGCUUUACCUGAACCAGCCCGACGGGGGAGUCGCCUCCUGCCCACCUUCCGCCUCGCUUCGUCGCCGCCUCUCCGAGCCUUCCAGCCGGCCGAGGACACACUGCCAACCUCCUGGGAAUUUGUCACCUUGGAAGUGAAUGAUGAAGCUGCUAUACAUUGCUGCUCUUCUUUUGCUGGCCUUUACUGCACUAGCAGCCCGACCAAAACUUUUAGGAGCAAAGUGUAAGACAGGCCCACUGGACAUUGUCUUUGUGAUUGACAGCUCACGCAGCGUCCGUCCCUUUGAAUUUGAAACUAUGCGGCGCUUCAUGAUUGACAUAAUUAACAACCUAGAGAUAGGCAUCAAUGCCACAAGGGUUGGAGUGAUCCAGUAUUCUAGCCAGGUCCAAAAUGUCUUCUCCCUCAAGACCUUCUUCAACCGGGCUGACAUGGAGAAAGCUAUCAACAGCAUUGUCCCGUUGGCCCAAGGCACCAUGACAGGGCUGGCCAUCCAGUAUGCCAUGAAUGUGGCCUUUACCAUGCAGGAAGGAGCGCGACCACUGCACAAGAAGAUUCCUCGAGUGGCUGUGAUUGUAACAGAUGGGCGGCCGCAAGACCGUGUGACGGAUGUGGCUGCUCAGGCCCGAGCGGCUGGCAUUGAAAUCUAUGCUGUGGGUGUGCAGCGGGCAGACAUGAACUCUUUGCGGGCCAUGGCCUCUCCUCCACUGGAGGAGCAUGUCUUCUUGGUGGAGUCUUUUGACCUCAUUCAACAAUUUGGCAAGCAGUUCCAGGAUAAGUUGUGUGGUGUUGAUAUGUGCACAGAACUGGACCAUGGCUGCCAGCAUACUUGUGUCAGUAUCCCUAGCUCUUUUUAUUGCCAGUGCAACCCAGGAUACAAGCUCAAUGCUGAUGGAAAGACAUGCUCCAUCAUUAACGCUUGUGCUGAUGGGAGACAUGGGUGUGAGCAUCAAUGUGUCAGUUCUCUCGGCUCCUACUCUUGUCGCUGCCGGACAGGCUACUACCUCAACCAGGACAAAAAGACAUGUACCAUGAUCAAUUACUGCAACUUUGGUAACCACAGUUGCCAGCACGAAUGUGUAAGCAUCCUGAAUGGGUUCUAUUGUCGCUGUCGUGAUGGCUACACUCUUCAGGCUGAUGGAAAGUCAUGUCAGGCCAGUGACCUCUGCAAUACCAUAGAGCAUGGAUGUGAGUUUAAAUGUGUCAGUACUGCAGGCUCUUACCACUGUGUUUGCCCAGAGGGUCAGCAGCUCCAGGCAGAUAAGAAGACAUGUAACAAGUGCAAAACUGGACAUGUUGAUUUGGUACUGGUGAUUGAUGGCUCCAAGAGUGUCCGGCCUCAGAAUUUUGAGCUGGUGAAGCAGUUUGUAAACCAGAUUGUGGACUUCCUGGAUGUGUCCCCUCAUGGCACCCGGGUGGGGUUGGUCCAGUACUCCAGCCGUGUCCGCACAGAGUUCCCACUCCAGCAAUACACGGCUGCAGAAGAUGUCAAGAAGGCAGUGCAGAGAGUGCAGUACAUGGAGAAGGGCACCAUGACUGGACUGGCCCUCAAACACAUGUUGGAACACAGCUUCUCUGAGGCAGAAGGAGCCAGACCUCUUUCCCAGAAUGUUCCCAGGAUUGGCCUGGUCUUCACUGAUGGGCGCUCUCAAGAUGAUAUCUCAGAGUGGGCCAGGAGAGCAAAGGAAUCAGGAAUUGUCAUGUUUGCUGUUGGUGUUGGCAAAGCUGUUGAGAGUGAACUGAGAGAAAUUGCCUCUGAGCCAGUGGAUCAGCACUUCUCCUACUCAGCAGAUUUCAACACCAUGACUCAUAUUGUUGACAAUCUCAAACUCAACAUUUGUCCCGAGGAGGGCAAAGGGGAAACUGAAUUCCGUAACCCAUGUGAAUGUGAGGCCCUUGUUCAGUUCCAAUCAAACACUCUUGCAAUCUUGGAAGACCUCACUGAAAAACUCUCUCAGAUGACUACAAGACUUGAGCAGCUGGAAAACCAGAUUGCUGGCAAAAAGUGAUUACAACAAGCAGCCUCCUGAAAGUCGGAGCUCAGACACAUUCCCUAGCUCAUUGUUGACAUUCCUAGACCUGUUGUAAAUGACUGUCUGUUCUUAUAUCACAGGAUCCUGAGGGGAGGGAGGGGAAACCUCUCCUUUCUUCCUGGGCUGAAAAAGAGGACAACACUUCAUGAUGGAAUAAUAUUUUCCUUUGCCCGAAAUGGAUAGUAGGGCUGAGCUAUCAGUUCAGCCUAAACAAGUGGACAUUUUAGGGAAUCAACAUGAAGUGGGGCAUACAGCUUCCUCGAGAGCUACUGGGAUUGGUUGACAUUAAUGGAAUCUGCCUUGAGGCUUCACAACAAACCCAGGAACACCAGAGCACAACAUGCCUUGCUAGAAAAGAGAGUUCCUCGCUGUUAAGGUCUGUUUAGGCCCAGAAGCCUCUCAUGUUCUUAAGCAGAAGAGCAGUACUUUUGUUUCCCUUGUAUCCUUCACUGUGAAUGGCAGUGCCUGCAAUAUCUUUAACUACACAUUUUUGCUUCAAUUGCACACAAAUUCAGUAUCUGAUUUUAAAAUGAAAAUUAUAAUUUUAAAAAAAUUAUCUAGAAUAAGAUGCUCCCAAAAAAACCUGCAGAACCAUUCUCUCUGCCAUUGGAACCAUUCUUCCUACCACUGGCCUGACUUUGACAGUAUUGAUGGAGAAUUUGUCAUUUAUUCCGUUAUUUUUAUCAGAUAGUUUUUU